AUGGGGGACUGUGAUAUUGUGCGCAGAUUGAGAGGGUGUGGAGAUGCAGUGUGGCAGUGGGGUAGAAGGAAUUUUAGGGGUGAGGAGGAUGAAAUUUCCAGGUGUAAAGAGCGGAUGGGUAGAUUGAGAUUGGCGCAGGGUUUGGGAGCUAGUAUGGAAUUUAGUGCUGUUCAAAGACAGUAUUUUAUGCUUUUGAAAAUUCAAAGUGACAAAUGGCGUCAAAGGGCCAAGGAAUUGUGGUAUACGGGUGGUGAUGUAAAUAGCCGAUUUUUUCAUAAUUCGGUGAAGGGGAGGCGACAGAGGAAUUUUAUAAAUCACCUGCGAGAUGAAUAUGGGAAUUUGGUGUCAGAUGAGAGGGGUAUGGGGGCGGUGGCGCUGCAUUAUUUUCGGGGUUUGUUUUCGGCAGUUGAGGGAGAUAGGAGGGCAGUGGUUGGUUGUUUAGAGAGGAGAGUGUCUGAUGUUCAAAAUCAAGAGUUGGUUCGGGAUUUUUCUCAUGCAGAGGUUCGUGAGGCUUUAUUCGCAAUGCACCCGGAUAAAUCUCCGGGACCGGAUGGGUUGUCUCCUGCUUUUUUCCAGCUUAAUUGGCAUACAUUGGGGAAUGAGGUUGCUUGCGAUCCUUUGUGUCCUAUGUGUGGAUUGGAGCCUGAAUCGGUUGUUCAUUUGUUUGUAAACUGCACUUUUGUUCAUGCCUGCUGGAAUGAAUUAAAUAGGGAUUGGCGAAUGGAAUAUGUGGAGAGUUUUGACACAUGGAUAAGGGAGGUAUGGGAUGUUUUACCCAAGGAGAUGAUUAUCAAAAUUGUGAUUGUGUGUUGGGGCUUGUGGCAGAAUAGAAAUCAGAUGGUUUUUAAUAAUCAAUGUAUGGACCCUAAGUCUAUGGUGGUGUCAGCUUUGCUAUAUUAUAAUGAUUGGGUGAAAGUGCAUGGAAUUUCUUCUAGCCUGCCAACAAGGGGUUUGCAUCAAGUGGUACGGGGUGAGGGUGGUGAGGUGUAUGGGAUGGGUUGGAGGGUAGUUGGGGGGUUUUACUCGGUUCGUGAAGCGGAGACCGUGGGGGUGAGGGAGGUUCUAAGUUGGGUAAAGAAGAAGGGGUGGAGCAAGGUGAUUGUAGAGACUAAUGCCGAAUUGGUUACAACUGCGGUUGCUAAAGGAUCGAACAAGGCACCUUUCGGUUUAAUUAUUCAUGACAUUCGGGUCCUUCUAGAUCAUUUACAAUUUGUUGUUUUAAAUUUUGUACACCGGGAGGCAAAUAUGUUAGCUCAUAUUAUCGCGCGGCAAUCUUUAGAUGACGCGAGGGUGGGCGAUGCUGAGUAUUUUGAUUGUAUCCCGUGGUUUAUUUCUUGUUUUGCUCGAACUGAUAUUGCGAUGAAUUAA